AUGGUACAUAAUGAUGCUAGUACUAAAACCUUUUCAAACAAACAAGAAUUUUCUAAUAAAUCAAUAGAUCAAAAUACAUCAACUAGCACUGUUGUGACGACUGUGGCCAAAAUUCUAACAAAUAAUCUUGUUACAAAUUUACAUUUUAAUCAAACUAUCUUACCCACCGCGAUGGUGGACCUACAUGCGAAUGGACGUACACUGCGGGUGAGAGCACUACUCGACCAAGGCUCGCAGGUGUCCUGUAUCACUGAGGCCAUCGUGCAAUUGUUAAAAUUGAAAAGACAAUCUAUCUUCGUUGAACUAACUGGAAUCGGCAGUAACCGUACUGGUAAAAUAAACUCUGCCGUGAUGUGUAAUAUAUCACCUUAUCAAAAUAAUACACGGUUAAUUCUCAUUACUGCCGUCAGCCUCACAAAAAUCACUAAUUAUCAAUCAGAACCUAUUCGCUUUGACCCUGAAUGGACUCAUCUCACAGGGCUCGAUUUAGCCGAUCCUGAAAUGCACCAACAUCAUAAUAUUGAUCUUCUUUUAGGCGCUGAUAUUUUUGGCGAUAUAAUUCUCCAAGGGGUACGCACAGGUAUCACAGAUACUCCUACAGCCCAAUUAACAUUAUUAGGUUGGAUUAUAUCAGGUGCGAUAUCCAGUUCGUCUGGAAAAGAUGUACCAUCUGACACUCGUCUUUCUCCAGACGAAUCUAUCUGUGAAAAACAUUUUCAAACGACACAUAAACGGCUUGAAAGUGGACAGUAUGAAAUUAAAUUACCGUUCAAGCUGUCUCCUCCAUUUCCUAUUGGAGAAACCAAGUCAAUCGCUACAAAAAUCUUUCUGAAAAAUGAAUCUCGACUAAAGAACCGACCCAAGCUAUACUCCGAAUAUCAAGAAUUUUUAGCUGAAUAUAAAUCACUCAAUCAUAUGUCUCUCGAUAACGAUGAAUCUGACGAUAAACAAAGGGUGUAUAUUCCUCAUUUGCCCGUCGUUCGAGAAUCAAGUCAAACCACUAAAUUACGUGUUGUUUUUAAUGCCUCAUGUCGAUCGUCUAAUGGUUCCACAUUAAAUGAUUAUUUACAUGUCGGACAAAAAUUACAGUCUGAUCUCUUUGCGCUUAUUUUACAGUGGCGUUUACACCGGUAUGUGUAUUUAGCUGAUAUCACAAAGAUGUUCAGACAAAUUAGAGUUUCUGAUAACGAUUGCAAUUAUCAACAAAUAAUUUGGCGAAAACAUCCCGAUGAAGAACUUAAAACAUAUCGACUCAAAACCGUUACUUACGGAACAGCAUGCGCUCCCUUUAUUGCCAAUCGUAUACUCAAACAAAUUGCUGUAGAUGAAGGAAAGAAUUAUCCGCUUGCUGCUCCAGUUUUGGAGAAUAACUUUUUUACUCGCAAUCAACUUAUUAAUUUGCUAAAAUCGGGAAAUAUGGAAUUAAGGAAAUGGGCGAACAAUUCAAAAGACUUAUUACAUGACAUACCGGAAGCAAAUCAUGGUUUAGCUAUUAGAAUCACGUCGGAAUCUCCAACCAUACAACUACAUGGAUUCUCAGACGCUUCGUCUAUCGCUUAUGCAGCUGUCAUCUAUAUAAAGGUUAUAUCAAAAGAUGAAAACAAGAUUUCUCUUCUCUAUACUAAAACUAAGGUUGCUCCGCUGACUCCUCUUAGCAUUCCACGUAUGGAAUUGUGUGCAGCAGUUCUUCUUUGUAAAGCUAUGAAUUACGUUAAAGCUUCCUUAAAAUUAUAUAAAGUUGAAAUAUUUUGUUGGACAGACGCCUCUGUAAUAUUACACUGGCUCAAUGAUCACCCGAGCAGAUGGAAGCUCUUUGUAGCGAACCGAGUAUUGUAUAUACAACUCAAUCUUUCAGAAGCAAAGUGGCAACAUGUACCAGGAGAAGAAAAUCCGGCAGAUUGCGCAUCACGCGGUAUUACUGUAGAGAAAUUAAAAUUACAUAAUCUUUGGUGGCAGGGCCCAAUGUGGUUACAACACAAUGAAAAUCAAUGGCCUGAGCAGACUCAAGUGCCUCAUUUAUUCAAUAAUUCAGAGAGCGAGGAAAAAGCUAGUGUCGUUACCAGUUUCAAACGUCAGAGCAACGUGCUCGUGGGGGCUUAUCGAUAUUUUAUCCUCCUGGACUAA